CAUUAGUGAGUGAGUGGAAAACAGAGCAGAUCGACGUUCAAGAGGAAACACAUUUUAACAGCAGUGCUUCAUAACAAAAACAGAAGCAGCAAAAAGAUGCAGUUGGAGUAUUUCAUCUUUGGGGCAGUUGCCUUCCUUCUGACAGGGGCUCAGUGUGAGGUAACUGAGGUGCUUGCUGAAGAAGGCUCUCAGGCUGUACUACCCUGCAAAUGUAGUCCUUCGUCCCCUUUUCCCCCCGCCAUCAUCUGGAGUAAAUCCGACAAAGGCACUGUUUGGAGAAAGCAAAAGAGCGGUCUGCAAUACUGGGGUUCUAGCUGGUCACAGAAAGGGAACCCACGCGCGCGAUGCCCUCACUCCCAGUUUGAAAGAGGUGAUUACAGCCUGCAAAUCAACAGCGUGACAGAGAAGGAUGGAGGAAUGUACUCUUGCCGGGUGGAACAUGGAGACGAGGUGACUGAAAACAUGGUCAUGCUCAGAAUCAUUAAAGUGUCCGUCUCUCCAUCCGUUCCCAUAUGGGGCAACGACGUUUCAGUCAGAUGUGACGUGACUCCUUGGCCUCACGGAGCCACUUUGAAGUGGAUGUUGAACAACAGCCCAUUGGUGCCUCAGACUGGAAUCACCUCAAACAGUCUGAAAGAAAAGGCAACUGCGAGACUGACAGGAAACUGGACCUGUGUCGUGGGCUACCAGGGCAAAGAGGAGCAAGCUUCAGUAACUCUGACUGUGAAGGGAAUCAUCCAACCAUCCAAAGACAAUACUAAAGUGUAUGCCGCUGUGGGAUCUGCAGUCACACUCCCUUGUGUGUUCUCCCCUGGUUUAAUCCCCUCUCACACAGUCUGGGAGAAACUGAAAGCUAAGUUUCUUUUUAAUCCUGCUCCUGGUCGCCUUCCUGCCUCUUUCUCUCCAUCCCUGCCAUCCUCCCAGCUCCCCUGGGAAAAGUCUGCCAGUUUGAAAGAGGUUGCAUUUGAGGAUGAGGGCCGGUACCAAUGCGCUGGGACCAUAGAAGGACAACGGGUGACUCGAAAUAUGCAGCUUGUCGUAGCCAAAAUUGACAGCAGCAUCCCAUCAAAGCAAAAAGACUCCGUGACGCUGACCUGCCAGCUGACCGACGCGAGCGAGGUCACCAAAUAUGAGUGGGUUCAAAUGGUCUAUAACCUCAACGGCACCCAGUCAGAUGGUUCCAUCCAGAAGGGGAAGACUCUGAGGAUAAGCAAGGUGUCUGACGAGAACUGGGGCGAAUGGGCAUGUCUUUUCUACGGGAAAGAGGGCAUUUUGGGAAAUGUAACAUACCACAUUCCACUGAUGAGUGGUCUGAAUGGAGAAAAGUCGUCAGGCGUCUCAUAUAACACUGCUGCCAUAGUCGGCCUCAGCUUUCUCCUCAUUGUUCUGCUGCUGGUUUUGGCUCAGAUGUACAAGAACCACCAAAGGAGGAAAAGGCUCUUUCAGUACCCUGCACUGGAGACAAUUGUUCACACCACCUCCAAUGAGCGGGAGGCGAGAGAGAGGAGCCAAGUGAAAAAGUAAAGACACAUUAAAGCAGAGGCAUCGCAGGAAAGAUCUCACAUUGCUAAACUGAAGUGACUAUCUUCUUCAUGCGUGGAAUAUGUUGGGAGACUUGUUUGCACAACUUUUGUAAAUACAAUGAUAUCCAGAGCUGACAUGUAGCAGAACUGUUCUUGAAUUUGAAAUGUUGUAUAUUAUCUUUGUAAUUGCUUUCAGUUAUAUUACUGAAUUUGAGAAUUUUGU